AUGUGGAGGCGCGGCGACCCGGAGCUCCGGCUAGAGCAUGGGCGGUGCUUGCUGACGCGCACGCGCGACAUGUACGCUCUGGAGGGGAAGCUGCGAGGCCAUGCCCUCUUCACGACGGUGCAAGGUGGUCGGCUGCCGGUGUCUCCGGCAAUGCUGUUGGCGGCGCUGGAAUCGCAGUGCAGUGUCCGUUCUGGUGAUGUCAAGGUUGAGGUAACCUCGCCGCCGGCUGAUUUCUUUGUCCGAUUCCGCCGCAACGAAGACUGCACUCGCGUGGUUGUCAAUUACUCCCAUGUGCUUGAAGUUGGUGGCGAGACGAUCCAGUUUAGGCGUUGGCAUCGCGGCUCGUUUUGCGAGCAGUCCUCGCUGCCAUUUUUUACGAAGCUGAGCUUCGAUGGCCUCCCCCAAGAGGCAUGGGACAGAGCAUUUUUGGGGAUGCUUGUGAACCAGCUAGGCGGCGAGCUCAUAAAGUGUUUGAAGCCUGAUGAUCGCUGGUGCAUUAGUGUGGAAGCAUGGAUGAAGGAUCCUAACAAAGUGCCUAAGCGCUACGACGUCGAGCUGUCGGAGCCGGAUGAGCCAAUGUUCUGUUUCUGUCCGGAAUCCGACGAUGAAAUAUCGCCACCCACACCAAGAGAGCGUACUGAGAAGCGGACUGUAGUCCAUUCAAUUAUCAUCCAUGUUGAUUGGGUUGUUGAUGACAGUCCAAUCAUACCAGAGUUUCCGGCAUUGCGCGACUACCACGACGAGGACACUACUCGGCUUCACACAUAUGCCACCUGUAAUGGUACAGUUGAUGGCACUACUCCGCCAGUUGAUCAAGAUGGUGGCCGUGGGUUCGCUGGGCCAAGCUCCCAGGCGCGUGCAGGAGCAUUGUUCUACUAG